AUGCUGCGCGGGCGCAGGCACUCGCGCGUACAACGAAUACCGAAUAAACAGCGCCCCACCAUAGUAUCGGACAUCGCUGUCCAUUCGUAUAGUGUUGUGAUAUCACUGGACAGGCUUGGAGCCCAUCAACUAACACACCCAGAUCCUAGGACAAAUCCAUGGUUACUCAUGAGCUCACCAUUUCCUACUUUAUUGAUAUGUCUUAGUUAUGUUUAUCUAGUCAAGGUUCUUGGGCCUCGUUUCAUGGAAAAUAGAAAACCUUAUGAAUUAAAAAAUGUAUUAAUAGCUUACAACUUUUUACAAGUUGUUUUUAGCUCAUGGCUAUUCUAUGAGAGCAUGAUGGGAGGCUGGCUGGGCCAUUACAGUUUUCGAUGUCAACCAGUGGACAGAUCAAACAAUCCGAUAGCUAUUAGAGUCCAAUUUGUCGGUAUCAUGGUGCAUGCGUUCCAAUUGCUGUUCAUUGAGUGUGACUAUCCUCGCGCAUUCGUAUGGUGGAUAGGAAUGCAUGCGGUCAUGUUCUUCUUCCUCUUCAAAGACUUCUACAAUCAAUCCUAUUCUAAACCUAAGGCUCGUGCCAAAUCACCAGUACCGGUUCAAACGAAAAUCGAAGAAGUUAUGGACAUAACAUACAAGAAUGGUGUUAAGAAUGGUUAUGCUAACGGCCAUACAAAUGGUUUGGUUCGAGCUAGGACUGUUCUGCCCGCUGGCAAUUGA